AUGGCGCCCUUUGGAAAGAUCUUCACCAAGGAGAAGAACCCUCGCACGACGGCUAUUCUCGCUGUCGCCAAGGCGAAUGGCCUCGAGAUCGAGCGCGUCGAGGUCGACACCACCAAGCCGACCGAGGAGUUCUUGAAGUACAACCCCCUCUCGCGGGUUCCUACCUUCGUUGGCUCUGAUGGCUACGUGCUCACUGAGUGCAUGGCCAUCGCCAUCUACAUCGCACCGCAUCUUGUUAACCAGCGCUUUGUAGUCACCUCCCAAAACGAGAAGACUACUCUACUCGGAAAGACCAAGCAAGACUAUGCUUCUAUCCUGAAGUGGAUGUCCUUCUUCAACACUGAGGUGCUGCCUAGGCUUGGUGCCUGGUACCGCCCUUUGCUCGGAUGGGACCCGUACAACAAGAAGAAUGUCGAUGAGGCCCAGAAGGGCGCUGUCAAGGCCGUUUCCAUCGUUGAGGAGCACCUUCUGCACAACACCUUCCUUGUCGGCGAGCGAAUCACCCUUGCCGACCUGUUCGCCGUGAGCAUCAUCUCGCGAGGUUUCCAGUUCUUCUACGACAAGGCAUGGCGUUCUGCCAACCCCAACGUCUCGCGAUGGUACGAGACUGUGUACCACCAGGCCAUCUACCAGGACGUCGCUGCGCCCUUCGAGCUUCUGGACACACCCGCCCUGGCCAACGUGGCUCCCAAGAAGCCCGAGCAGCCCAAGAAGGAGCCUAAGAAGCCCGCUGCCAAGAAAGAGGCCAAGCCUGUCGACGAUGAGGAGGAGGAUGAGCCGCCGAAGGAGACCAAAGCCAAGCAUCCCUUGGAUCUUCUGCCCCGUGCCACUUUCCCCCUUGAUGAGUGGAAGCGACAGUACUCCAACAACAGUGUCGAUGACUCCAUGAAGUGGUUCUGGGAGAACGUCAAUUUCGAGGAGUACUCGAUCUGGAAGAUUGAGUACAAGUACAACUCGGAAUUGAAGUUGACUUUCCAGUCGGCCAACCUUGUUAGUGGCUUCUUCACUCGUCUAGAGGCUUCGCGCAAGUAUGUCUUCGGCGCUGCGUCCGUAUACGGUGUCAGCGGGGAUUCUGUCAUUCAGGGCGCCGUCAUCCUUCGCGGACAAGACGCCAUACCCGCGCUUGACGUUGCUCCCGACUUGGACAGCUUCGACGUCGAGAAGCUCGACCCCACCAAGCCGGAGGACAAGGCGUUCGUCGAGUCCAUGUGGAAGUGGGACAAGCCCAUUGUUAAAGAAGGCAAGGAGUACGCCCAUGACCGGGGGUUCGUCUACAAAUAG